UACUUCUAUGAGUUCCUGUCUUUGCGCUCAUUGGAUAAAGGCAUAAUGGCUGAUCCAACUAUAAAUAUCCCUCUGCUUGGAACAGUUCCUCAUAAAGCAUCAGUUGUUCAGGUUGGAUUUCCUUGCCUUGGAAAACAAGAUGGGGUGGCUGCAUUUGAAGUGAAUGUGAUCAUAAUGAAUUCAGAAGGCAAUAUUAUUCUCCAGACCCCUCAGAAUGCCAUCUUCUUUAAAACCUGUCAGCAAGCGGAGUGUCCAGGAGGAUGCAGAAAUGGAGGGUUUUGCAAUGAAAGACAUGUCUGUGAAUGUCCGGAUGGAUUUUAUGGGCCUCACUGUGAGAAAGCGCUGUGUGCUCCUCGCUGCAUGAACGGUGGGCUCUGCAUUACACCUGGCCUCUGCAUCUGCCCCCCUGGGUUCUAUGGCAUCAACUGCGACAAAGCGAACUGUACAACAACCUGUUUCAAUGGAGGAACGUGUUUCUAUCUGGGAAAAUGCAUUUGUCCUUCGGGCUAUGAAGGAGACCAAUGUGAAAUUAGUAAAUGCCAUCAGCCCUGUCGAAAUGGAGGCAAAUGUACUGGUAAGAAUAAAUGCAAGUGCUCCAAAGGCUACCAGGGAGACCUGUGUUCAAAGCCUGUCUGCGAACCCGGCUGUGGCCUGUACGGCACCUGUGCUGAGCCUAACAAGUGCCAGUGCAAAGAAGGCUGGCACGGGAGACACUGCAAUAAAAGGUACGGAGCCAGCGGUCUGAGCGCCCUGAGGCCAGCAGGCAGCAAGCACAGGCAGCACACGCCUUCGCCGAAAAAGGCCGAGGAGAGGCAUGUUCCACCCGAAUCCAAUUAUAUCUGGUGAACUCCAACAUCUGAAACGGUUCGUGUUACACAAAGUUCAUAGCCUUCAUUAACCUCUCGUGGAUUGAAUGUUGAAACGCUGUUCAUUACAGUUAAGAUUACCGGCUGCAAUUUUAUUAGCUUCAUUAUAAACCACUGAGCUGAUAUUUACUAUUCCUUUUAAGUUUUAUAAAUACUUCUAUAGCAUGAUUAUAUAGGCUGCUUCUUUCAGUGCUUUGGAUGGUGUUUUGUACUAUACUUCAGUUUUGUUUAAACUUCCUUUUUUAAUUAUAUAGCUGCAAAUAUUUUCCAAAAAUUAAGUAACAAUAUUCAAGCAGAAAACCUUGUAGAUGCUAAGCUGAAUCAUUUCAAUGACUACAGAUUUAAUUUGUCUAAGACAAAAGAAAGGUGCCUUUUACAUUUUUGCUAUUGUGUAUUUAGACUUUUCCCUAAGAAAAAUAAAUAAAAUAAGUAUGUUACCUAAUUUAAAAACUGAAUAACUCAAUUCAAUGUUAUUUUUGACCUUACAGUUUUGCAAAGUACUGUGUAUUAAGAAUACACUGCCGUGGUGCCAUUUAAGCAACAUAGUAUAUUGUAAACAAAGUAGAACUAUAAUGUACGAACUUUCUGCAUUGGCUUGAAGCAAUAUAAUAUAUUGUAAACAAAACAGCUCUUAUGUAAUAAACUUUUUAUACUGACAGUUAUGUAUAAAAUAAAGAUGCUGCUUUAGUUUU